AUGGGGUCAUGGAGGCGCGAGAAGAAACCGCUACUACUUCUCAUUCUAUUGCCACUGUCACAACAUGGUGACAGUAGGGCUGUUGCUACUGACGCUGCUGCUGCUGCUGCUGCUGCCGACACUGCUAACGAUGAGGGUGAUGACGAUAGCACUGAUUGGACCAAAUGGGAAAAAAUUGGCUUGAAGGACCAGUCCCACUUUCAUGCACCCUCCGCCACUGCUGCAUCCUUGCAUUCCCUCCUCGUCUCGCUUCGCCGCGCAUUUGAAGACGUGCGCGUGCACACGCCUUCACAUAUGCACAUGGGUACGUCACAAGGUGUCAACAGAAACGCCACUCCCCACACAUCCCAUGCAACUACCACUGCUUCACCUCCCUCACCACAUGCUGACACACUAGCGCUGAAUGCAGCGUCGGAGGCCUCUCUGCUGCAUCCCGCCCACAAUUCACCCACAUACCAAUAUCCACGAACAGACUGCGCCCAGACAGCGCUGAACGGCCACCCUGACCUGACUGGUGGGAAGUGCACUUCGGAGUCCUACUCUAACGCAUGUCCCAUUUAUGCCCUCUCCUCAUUCCUCCCCCUCCCUACUUCCCAUGUCUAUUAUUGCCAGAAAGUGUGCUACCCACAUCGUAUCUAUUUGUCGUCACACAACAUCGUUUCUCCCCACCUUCGACCGACUGCUCCCAUCUACUUCUUGGAGCCAAUGCCACCUCCCACACCGCUGCUCACGCCUCCACACUCUUCAUCGCGUCGUUUGGCCUCUGCCUCAUGGCUUGCAUGUUGUCUCUCGCCCACCAGUUGCUCCGCUAGCUUCAUCUCCAACACCACGACUUCUCGUCGUCCUGUGUACACGUCAUUACUUCUUCACUUGCACAACAUCAAUCCCUCCACGUUUCGCAGUGAAGUGGCCAUCGAUGCGCCCAGUCGCGUCUCCUAA